ACUAAUCUGUCACAUAUAACAAAACCUUCAUACAGACAUCCACUUUUGUUUGUUAACAAAAUGGCCUCUUUGAAGCUUUCUUUGGUUACUCUUUUCAUCUUUGCGAUGAUCUCUUCCCCCGCAACCUUGCUGCUGUGCGAAGCAGCAACUGAGCCGGCACCAGGCCCAGGAGGACCAGCUCCAACGCUGCCACCACAUCCAAGAAUUCCCAUUCCCGUAUGCCCAAGAUGCAAGUGUUGUGCGCCUCCUCCAGCUCCAGGCAAAUGCUGCCCUUGCUUUUGCCCACAACCUGGCCCUCCUCCUGCUCAGCCCCCGGCUUACUAAAUUUACACCUACACACACAUAUGAUUAUAUAUUAUUGUCAUGUUUUAUCUAAUGUUAUAUAUAUAGAUAUAUAAUUAAAGGUAGUGUUCAAUCUGUAAGAAUAAGGAUGCCCAUUAAAUCAUAAAAGAACAUGUACGAUGUCAGGGUUACAUAUAUACAUAUAAACCUUGGCAGUAUUUCAUGUGGGUUUAUGACUAAUGUGGUUUUGCUUAUUUCUUAUGGAUUGAAUAUUUAUUUAAUAUAUGUCCUUCUAUAUGAUGAUAAUUAUAAUCAUCUGCUUUGUUUCAGUCACUUGUAUUAAAUAAAAGGAGGCAGUGGGACUCUGACUCUCGCUGCAACGUAUUGUAUGUGUUUUGUUGAAUACAUAACAUUGUCUCUAAAGUUU